ACCCGAUCCCGGCAGAGCAGGAAGACCCAGUUUUGGAAGCCGCCACGGCCCCUGAAGUGGCAUCCCCGGCAUCCCCAGCAGAACAGCUAGCGCAGCAGCUCCGAGACCUCGCAGCACGCAUCAGCAGUGGCAAGGCAAGCGAGCUAGGAGUUCAGAGAGCAUUGUUGCGUCCGAAUUCCAUUGACUUCGACGAACUCUUCAACAAAGUACUACCCGCCAGCAGUUCAGACAUGCCGCCACCUCCCGUACCACAAAAGGCUGUGUCGACGAUCCCUAACCCGAUGCUCGAGGCCCCAGCUGCUGCAAACUACUUUGCUUCACCCUUCCCGACUCCGCGCGACGACCCAGAAGAGUCCAAGCCAAAAGCUCUGCAGCAGGCAGAGAUCCAGACCGGAGUUCCGGCCGACUCGCAGCAGCAGCAGAUCCAGACCGGAAUUCCACCUGAGCAGCAGCAGGAGCCACAGCCAAUGGAGACCGGAAUUCCAAACGAGAUUUCGCAGCAGCAGCCGGUGGAGACCGGAGUUCCAAACCAGGUUUCGCAGCAGCAACAGAAGCCACAGCCGAUGGAGACCGGAGUUCCAACAGCUUUGCAGCAGCAGCAGAUCCAGACCGGAGUUCCACCCGAGGCUUUGCAGCAGCAGCAGAUCCAGACCGGAGUUCCACCCGAGGCUUUGCAGCAGCUACAGAAGCCACAGCCGAUGGAGACCGGAGUUCCAACAGAGACUUUGCAGCAGCAGCAGACCCAGACCGGAGUUCCACCUGAGUCUUCGCAGCAGCAACAGAUCCCGACCGGAGUUCCACCCCAGGCUUCAGAGCAGCAGAUCCAGACCGGAGUUCCACCCGAGGCUUCGCAGCAGGGUCCACAGCCGAUGGGUGUCGGAGUUCCACCUCAGUCUUCGCAGCAGACCGGA